AUGAAGUUUACUCUCUUGCUAAGUGUGUUCACCACACUGUUGGCUUCUGCCGCCAGCCAGAAGGUUUCUGGCGCCGCUCAAGGCUUUGCCCAGGGCGUCUCCGGUGGCGGCUCGGCUUCCCCUGUGACCCCAAAGAACAUCAAGGAGCUUGUUACCUAUUUGACCGAUAAGACACCUCGUGUCAUUGUUCUCGAUAAGACCUACGACUUUACUGGCUCCGAAGGCACGGUGCGAGAGAAGGGAUGCGCUCCGUGGGGAACUGGCAAGGGCUGUCAGCUAGCUAUCAAUGCUGCUAACAACUGGUGUGGCAGCCAGACGCCAGCCGAUGUUGUAUAUGAUAAGGCUGGAACGUCGGGAAUCAAUGUGGCCUCUGAUAAGACUAUUAUCGGAGUCGGAAAUAAGGGUAUUAUCAAGGGGAAGGGCUUGCGCUUUGUGAAUGUGAAGAAUAUUAUUGUCCAGAAUAUUCAUGUUACAACACUGAACCCCCAGUAUGUCUGGGGCGGUGAUGCUUUUACCUUUUCUGGCACAAGCAAGAUCUGGAUUGAUCACUGCACUACAUCGCUUCUCGGUCGCCAACAUUACGUCUUCGGUCGCGAUAAGAGCACUGGUAUUACUCUAUCCAAUAACUACAUCGACGGUCACACUCAGUGGUCAGCGGGAUGUGACGGGUACCAUUACUGGACUAUUGAAAUGGUUGGUCAAGGUGAUCAGAUUACUCUCCAAAACAACUACAUCACUCACACAAGCGGCCGUGGCCCUGCGCUCUCUGCCACCACGCUUCUCCAUGCCGUGAACAACGUCUGGUCCGACAUCAAGGGACACGCCAUCGAGGGUGAUACAGCGGGCAAGGGUCUCUUUGAGGGCAACGUCUUCCUGAAUGUGAAGGAAGUUGUUGUAAGCGACUUCAAGGGUCAAUUGAACAGCUGCCCUGACACUACUGCGGCUGCUGCUACUCAGCAGUUCCUGGGUCGCGUGUGCCAAGGCAACAUCUAUACUUCUUCAGGUGCCUUCAGCCGUAAGGACACCGGCUUUUUGUCAGAGUUCAAAGGACUGCCUAUUGCUCGGUCCACUCAGGCGAAGGUCGCCCAGAGUAAGGUUCCUGGCAGCGCUGGCUUUGGAAAGAUUUAG